AUGGUGGGGUCAGCCUCUUGGCAGGUGGAAGAAACACGCGCCGCCGUCAAUCUCGCCGCCGUUCUCAAGGUCAACUACGCCGCCGAGAAUCCGGACAUUCACACCGCCGCCGUCGCCGGAAGUUUCCAGAGCACGUCCUCCUCCUCUGCAAACGAUCCGGGCUAUUUCGACCCGAUUCUGCUUUUCGAUUUUCCGGUUUCUCGCGACUACAAUUACUCAUUGGUCCCGUUUUCGACCGAUUCCGAAUUCCCCAAGAACCAAUCCCUCGAUUUGCAGAAGGUGUCGUUUUGCUCCGUACUCUCUUCGAGGAUCAAAUCAGAGCUGGCCUACGAUGCAGUCGACGAAUGCAGAGAGUCUCGCCGCCGUUGUUCUCCUCUCGCCGGAUCUUCUUCGCCCCGUUUUUUAUCGCUGAGGUCGAUCCAGUGUCUCGGAGGUGAAAUGAAGCUAAGAUUCAUUGCAAAUUUCCAUAAUCAAACUUAUGGAUACGAUCAAGAUUUCAGCCGCGAUUCGACUUUUGUCGGAGAAGCAUCGUGGGACGAAACAAACAACCAUUUAUCAGGCGUUCUAUGUCGAUUGUUAAACCCGAUCGAAAAUCCGAGCAAUGUUGUGGGGGAUUGUACGACAAGGUUCGUUCUACGGUACCCUUCGAUCUGGAGUAUACGAAGUGAUGCCAAAGUUAACGGACGAUUAUGGAGCACAAAACCCGUAAACGAUUCUUCGUACUUCCGGAAGAUCGAUCUGAAAAGCCCCGAUGAGAUUGAUGCGGUGGCACUUCCAGGCAUGAAAUACGAUUACACCGAAUCGGAGAGAGUGAGAAAUUUGUGCCCGAUGGCGGUAAAGAAGCUUCCGAAUAAUGGUAGUAUAUAUCCCGACGGACAUUCGUACGAUAUGAGAUUCGAUCUCUCUCUCAAAAACUCGAAUGGUGAGCAAAUAGGGUGGGGCUACGCCACUCCUAUUUCCGUCGGAAUCGAUUUGUUCGAAAGAAGCAGCAGCAUGUUAGUUGCGGUGGACGCAUUCGCACCGGAGUCCGCCCCUCGGUUCGCGGAUGUCGAAGAGGGCGCCGCCGUUGUUGCCGCCGAUAGUUCGCCUUUGAAUAUGAGCUACACCGUAAGCAUCAACUAUUUCCUUACGUCAAACUCGACGAACCCUCAGGAUCGUAUGUAUCUAACGGCCGAGGGAGUCUACGAUCCGAAAACGGGAUACCUCUGCAUGGUGGGGUGUAGAAAGAUCCACAACUAUUCAACUUCUGUAAACGACUGCGAACUUCUCGUGAAAUUCGAGUUCGCGCCCACGAACGAAAAAAACCAAGGCGGUUUCACCAAGGGAACAAUCUCGAGCACGCGGCCGAAAUCGGAUCCUCUCUAUUUCAAGGAGUUGACUUUUUCGUCGACUUCUUACUACACGGAACAAGCCGUAGAAACCAUAUCAAGAAUGGACUUGGAGAUCGCCCUGGUCUUGAUAUCCAACACGCUCUCGUGCGUAUUCGUGGCCGUACAAAUUUUCCACGGGAGGCGGAAUCCCGAGGUACAAUCUUGCAUCUCGAUCGCGAUGCUCGUCGUACUUUCUCUAGGGCACAUGGUCCCGCUUGUCCUAAACUUUGAGGCCGUUUUCUUGGGGAGCCACGCGAAGCAAACGUUUCUAGUGAGUAGUGGGAAAUGGCUCGAAGCUAACGAGGUAGCCAUACGGGUCGUCACCAUGAAACCGACGACACCCGGAUAG